AUGGCGCUGGGCUCGCUGUGGGCGCGGAUCCGGAGAGCAGCAGCCCAAGGCAGCGCGGCAUCUGUGUUCAUGUCGUCCAGGUCCGAAUUCGGGUCCGGAUUUCUGCGGCAGUUCAACUGGCGGCUGUUCGGCCUUGCGACCUGGCUGCCGGUGGCCGUCUGGUUCAACAGUGCCGUCGUGGAGGUGACACGAAUCGAGGGCCCGUCGAUGCACCCGUUUCUCAACAGCCACUUUGGCGAGUCGCUGGAGCGCGACUGGGUUCUGAACUGUAAGCUGUAUGCCCAAGAGGGACUGCAGCGCGGCAUGAUUGUCUUUUUGAGGAGCCCGGUGCACCCCGAGGUGGUGUCGGUGAAGCGUGUCAUCGGCCUCGAAGGAGACGUCGUGCAGACGCGCCGGCCAUAUCCGACAGCAUACGUGCGCGUGCCGGCUGGCCAUGUCUGGGUGGAAGGCGACGCGGGCGAGGGCCGCAGCCUCGACAGCAAUACAUACGGCCCCGUCUCCAUCGGCCUGGUGACCGGCCGGCUCUCUCACAUCCUACUGCCACUGAACAAGGCUGGCCUGGUGCGCUGGUGGGAACACCCACUGGAGGACCGAAUAACGGCUACGUCUUGA